AGCGGCGUAUCGUCAGUGUCGCGCCUAAUUACCCCGCGCAGUGCACAGUGCGCAUCAGUCCACUGCGGCAGUAACUUAUUCUGCUUUCUAUCUGACUACCUGCUCUCCGCCUGUAUACCACUAUGAGCCGCCCUAAUUUCGCAACCUCUUUCGCCCCCUAUCAACCGCCUCCAGACGAUCCGUCCUAUGCAUCGUCAUCCAGGCAGGCUACGCGGCCAUGGCUACCUAGUCUCUCCGCGCAACAGUCAAUGUCAUACCAGUCCGGCGGUGUCCCGACCUUCAAUACAUCCCAAGCGGGCGGAGAGGACGUAGAGGCGGAGGCUGCGAGCAGUAUAUGGGAGACGCGGUUCGGCAUGCGAGUCGACAUGCUCGCUGCUUUUGCAUACGUGUUUGGACCGAUCUCAGCACUACUCAUGCUCAUACUCGAGACGCACAACGACUAUGUGCGAUUUCAUGCAUAUCAGUCAGCCUUGCUCACAGGGCCUCUACUUUUGUUGCGGAUAAUUGCCGCGCUGCUUCAAUUCCCCGCUCUCAUAUGUACGUUCUUCACUCUUCUGCUUGUAGUGUCGUGCCUGUACAUGAUUUGGCGGUCGUACAUUGAUGCCGCUCGCAAUGGACUCGUGCGCUUCCAAUUACCAUGGAUCGGUCCAAUGGCCGAUCAAUGGGUAGCAGAGGAGUAGUUGAUUCAAUGUAGAUGAGUUCGUCUAGUAUACUCAUAGAUGCACAUCGUCGGACAGUCAAUGAAAGCUUUACUGCAUCGACCCAUCGGCUUGUGAAGCUAUUGCUGCUCGACGUGGUGGUUACUCCGCGGCAUACAUGCGCAAGGUUAUACACCUGAGGUACCGGCUCACACCACACUCAUUGA